GAGUGCUUGGGUUCCCCCUUUGCUUUCAUUUGAUCAAGAGACACCAAACCUGUGGUGAAACUGUAAGCAAUGCAAAGCGUUGGAAAGUAUGUCCAAAUCGAAAUUUUGAUACAGCAAAGGGAGGGAAUACCAACUACAUGUGUAGUUUUGAUUGUUUGAAGUCCGCAAGAUUCCAAAACACUGAUGAAAGUUCACAGGGUUUCAGACUAGAAACUCAUCAUUUCAAUUGUUCCCAAGUACCCAAAAACCACAUAUACUAAUCACAGACACACGCCAGGGGCCCUCUCUUGUCUUUUAAAUGCCUCUUUUCUCAGUACUGAUUCAGUUCUUCACUAAAAACGGUUCACUGAAACACUAGAGUUUUUUUAUUUUUUUUGUGUUCACCGUUGCUCCGAUUAAACAGCAGUUGUCGCCGCCAUGAAAUCUCAACAUCCUAAGCUUAAAACUGCACCCCGACAAACACUUUUCUCUUGUGGCUUCUUCCGCCACUGUACUCAAACCGUCCUCAGCCCCACCACCACCACUCCUCCGUCACUCCCAUUCCCCGGCCCCGAAGAUCACCUAGCUCAACCACCGACGCCGGCCCCACCGCCACCGCCAAAAACUCCGGCCCCUCUUCCUCCUUCACGAUCUUCCGGCACGCUUCCGGGUCAUGCACCAACCAAACCCGACUCGGAAUCCUCGUCAUCUUCUUCCAACACCUCACAGAGCUUUACCCAGUGGAGGUUUCAGGUUCCCAAUUCCCCCAUCUCUCACAACCUUAUUCAUCCUUAUCCAUCCUCCACCCACGAAAGUCCAUCUAUCGGUUUUGACCCCAACCCGCCCGUGAACCCACCGUUUCCGGUCACCCACUUGGAAGAAACAUUCCACGUGGCCGAGCUUCAAUUCAGUUCCGGAUCUUACGAAGACAAGCUCGCGGCGCUGCGUCUGCUGGAAAUGUCCCUGGUCCCGAACCCACGCGCCGCCGCCGACGGAGGAGAACCCGCCGUGUCCUGCCCCGCCACCGUCAUGAAACGGGUCCUGGACUGUUUGAAAGAGAAGGGCAACGGCAAGUCCGCGAGUAAGGUUCUUUUAGCCCUUUGUUUGGCGGAGGAGAAUCGCCACGUGGCGGUGGAAGUCGGCGCGGUCGGGGCGGUGAUCGAUGCAAUGUCGGACCUGGAGGGUGCCGUGGCGGAGAGGUCGUUGGCGGCGUUGGAACUGCUCUGUACGGUGGCGGAAGGGGCGGCGGAGUUGAGAACCCACGCGCUUGCGGUGCCGAUGAUGGUGGAGGUGAUGGGGAGAAUGGAGGGGAGAGGAAAAGAGUACGCCAUUAGCGUGUUGACGGUGAUAUUUAGCGGAGCGAACGAUGUGGUGGCGCCGCCGGAAGAGGUGGCGCGUGCGGUGAUGCUGGCGUUGCAAGGGGAUUGCAGUGCUAGAGGAAGGAGGAAAGGGUCCCAGCUUCUGAAGAUUCUGCAGGAAGAACAUAAUAAUAAUGGACGUCUAGAAUUUGCCCAAGACGGCCAGAUGAACGGCUGAUAAUUGAUAGUAUCUCAUCAUCAUCAUCAUCAUCAUUAUUCACCUCUGUUGAAUUUGGUCAAACUUAGGUCCAAUGUUCAUUUUUACUCUUGUUUUGAGUUUUGGGCUUAGCAAAAUUAGCAAUAGGGUUUUAGUAUUUUUAUCCUUCUUGAACAUUUUCUUUUUACCCUCUUGUAAAUGUUGUUUUUUUUUUUUUUCUUUACCCAGCAUGUUCUAUUUUUCCUUUCAAACGCACAUGAUGUACUAUAUUAUUGCGUGGUAGGUUUAUGAAGGAGACUGUAAUUUUUU